CACACAUGGGUGGUGUGAUGUGGUGUGGUGGUCCAACCACGCACGCGAAAGAGCAAAACCAGCAGGGAUGGUCCAGAUGGCUAAAGUUACUUGCCCAAAAAGGGGUCUCAAGGUUUACAAUAUUCCGUUUGAAUAACGAUAAAAGGUUGCUUUUAGUUUUAUUUUCUGUAUCGUCUGCAUGGCCUAAAGCUCGCGCUAACAGGAAGCUGAACAAAGCUGAUGUCUCACAUUCUUUGGGAAGCGAACAAGAACUCAUGGCAAGUGCUCGUCGUCACCACCAUCACCAACUUCACCAUCGCCGCGAAACCCAAGAUGAUGACCCUGUCAUGAAGAAGAAGAGGAUCUUGACCUACAUCAAUUGUUGCAUCAGACCAAACUAGGGCCUAUGUUCCAGAGUUGCAAUUGUAAAGACAUCAGUGUUCUGUAAUCUAUCUGCGCCAUCCGUUAAGAUACUCAUGGUUGGUGUAUACAUUUUGAGUUCUGCCUUCAAGUCCGAUAUGAGAGUUAAGAUAACAUGAACCAAAUUUCUGUCAAAUCCCAUAUAUUAAUUAACACUUACGAGCCAUGCUUGCAAUGUCAAAUUUGCAACUACGCAUGCAUCCUAAACCCAAAA